CCGGGGCGGACCGGCUGUUAGGACUGCGCGGGGUCUGCAGACGCCACCGCCUCUUCCUUCUCUGACCCUCCCCGCCGCCGCCGCCGCCGCCGCCGCCGGCCUCCCUCCUCCGGCUCGCCGCCCCGCCACCCGGCUUCGGCUCGGGCCGCGCUGCCCCCUGUGGCCGCCAACUGGGGAUCUCAAGCGAGGGGCGGUUAGCCUUGCCGGAAGGAACCAUGGAUUGGCAUUUCCCCUUCUUCCUCGUGGCCACAGUGACUUUGCCCUCUCUGUGCUUGCAGUUCAAUCCUCAGCCUCUGGAGGAACUAGGCUCUGACAUAGGAAUCCAAGUUUUCAAUCAGAUUGUCAAAUCGCGGCCUCGUGACAACGUCGUCAUUUCCCCCCAUGGGAUCGCGUCUGUCCUGGGGAUGCUGCAGCUGGGAGCCAGUGGCAGAACGAAGUUGCAGCUUGCCACAAUGAUGAAAUAUAAUGUGAAUGGACUUGGUAAAAUUUUAAAGAAAAUCAACAAGGCCAUCAUCUCCAAGAAGAAUAAAGAUAUUGUGACAGUGGCUAAUGCAAUGUUUUUGAACAACAGCUCUAAAAUUGAAGUGCCUUUUGUCGCGAGGAACAAAGAUGUGUUUCAGUGCAAAGUCUGGAAUCUGAACUUUGAGUACCCAGCCGCCGCCUGUGACUCCAUCAAUGCGUGGGUUAAAAACGAAACCAGGGGUAUGAUCGACAGCCUGCUCUCCCCAGAUCUUAUCGACGGGAUGCUCACCAGAAUGGUCCUGGUCAAUGCCCUGUACUUUAAGGGUUUGUGGAAAUCACGGUUUCGACCUGAGAACACCAAGAAACGUACGUUCGUGGCAGCCGACGGAAAGUCCUAUCAAGUGCCGAUGCUAGCCCAGCUCUCCCUGUUCCAGAGCGGGUCGACCAGCACCCCCGGCGGCUUCUGGUACAACUUCAUUGAACUCCCCUACCAUGGAGACAGCAUCAGCAUGCUGAUCGCACUGCCAAGCGAGAGCUCCACCCCACUCUCUGCCAUCAUCCCUCACAUCAGCACCAAGACCAUCGACAGCUGGAAGAGCAUGAUGGUGCCCAAAAGGGUGCAGGUCAUCCUGCCCAAGUUCACAGCUGUAACACAAACAGAUCUGAAGGAGCCGCUGAAAGCUCUUGGUGUCACCGAUAUGUUUGACCCAUCGAAGGCAAAUUUUGCAAAAAUCACAAGGUCAGAAAACCUUCAUGUUUCUCACAUCUUGCAAAAAGCAAAAAUUGAAGUCAGUGAAGAUGGAACCAAAGCUUCAGCAGUAACAGCUGCUAUUCUCAUAGCAAGGUCGUCGCCUCCCUGGUUUAUAGUGGACAGACCGUUUCUGUUUUUCAUCCGACAUAAUCCUACAGGUGCCUUCUUAUUCAUGGGGCAGAUAAACAAACCCUGAAGAGUACAGAGAAGAAGCCAUGCAAAGCCAAGCCACCUUGGCUCUGAAGGGAAGACUCCUUGCCUACAUAUUUCAUAGUUCUGUUAAAUAUUUUUGCACAUUACUUUCUUUUUCAAUAUUAGUUCUUAGGAACAGAGACUCAAUGAUGCAAACAUUUCUAUUCUGAUAUGUGUUAAAGGGGAAAAAAGAGGGGGCAGGAUGUCUGGAAUAUUGUAAUGAGUAAUGAACAGAAAGGCUUCCAAAUGUCUAAAAGAUUCUUUAAACUACUGAGUAUUUACUGUCCAGUUCAGGAUUUUUGUUUUGUAUUGUUUAUUUGUGUGGCUUUUCAGAAGAAAUUUAAGCAGUGUGACGGGGAGAAAAAGACAUUUUAUCGUAGCUUUUACUUUUUAUGAAAAAAAAAUUAUUGGCCUUUUUAAAUUUUUUUUUUUUUUUUGGUCCCAUCCAAAGUCUUGAUAGUAAGCAUUAUUUUGGGGGUACAAAUAGCGAAAUCUCUAGCCUUUUUGUGUGUUUUUGUCGUCGUCGUUGUUGCUUUAUAUAAUGCAUGUAUUCACUAAAAUAAAGUUUAAAAAACUAAUGUCUUGCUAGACAAGGUUUGCUGUUGUGCAGUGUGCCUGUCACUACUGGUCUGUACUCUUUGGAAUUGCAUUUUUGUAUUUUGUAUAAAGUAAAAAUAAAGUGUUCUGAGUAGUAAGAAAAAAAGAAAAACAGCUAUUUCUCUGCUAUUUGAAAAUACAACAAAAGCAACGGAGCCUAUUAAAAAGACUUUUUGGCCUCUUCUAAUAAAACUUUGCAUUCCGGCAAGCUGCAGGAAACCCAAAACCCCGGGCUUUUCUUACCCUUUUUGUCUAAUCCUGGCACUCAGAUCCUGUUCCGUGCUUCAACAUUUCUCAGUUCAUAGAUCGCUUCAGAG